AUGACUCUUGAUAAACUGCCUAGCAUUCGUGGAGAUUUGGUGCGAACGGACCCUGAAUGGGAGAAAUGGACCUUCACCAAACUAGUUGAAGCGCUCAACCAGUGGUGUCGAAGAAAUCCAAUCGACAAACCAUCUGAACUAAACGACGACUCGUUUAGCAGCAAAAGAAGAGACAAGCUGUUUCAUGUCUCUCGUCAGAGAUUAAAUCCACGUAAUUGCGUUUAUUGCGAUAGCGGCGAGCACAAAACAAACGAUUGCGCAAAAGUAACUCUGACGUCAGCCCGUAAACAGAUACUAGCCAAGAAACGAUUAU